AAAGACCCAAAUUCGUCACAACUCGAGCUGUCAUUUUUUGUUUUGGUCAAAUUUUCACAAAAUCCAGACGAAAAAAUCAUGGCAGACCCUUCGCUUGCCGAUGAAGUCGCAAAAUUCAAGGCGGAACGUCGUGCCCGCUUGAGAGCUGAAUACUGGAAGCAAACUACCAACCCGUAUACCCACGCCAGAGGCGAAGGAGGUUUCGUCUUCGAUCCUGCCAUUCAACGCUUCAACUCCACACGAGCCUCCCUCAUUGACUACUUCAAGCCCAAUUUCAGGUCAUUGGUGCCGUUUAUGUCGUGCUCCAUAAUUCCCAUGCUUAUUUUCGGCUAUUUAGUUUACAAAGAUCGCUCGGCUCGCGAACACGCCAUUCGCACGGGACAAGUUGCCUACAGAGAUCGCGGAUGGAAAUUCAUCUAAAUGC